AUGCCUCGCGCGCUGCCCGCCGACCUCCCCACCUCCCUCAACGACCGGCGACAGCGGCCGACGGAUCUGGUCCAGGAGACCGAGAUGUAUGAUGGCUGGCAAGGCAUGUCUCUGAACCCUCCCUCUUCCCAGUUCCUGACGUCCCCGAUCCUCGCCAAACCGCUAUCCUUCACCGACCUGACCCUCGACGACGACCGCGCCUACGACGACGACGCCGCCGCCGCCGCCAAGGGCCCCGCCAGCAGCGACACGCGCCUCAUGGAGAUGCUCGCCGCCCAGGCCGCCCACCAGGCGGCGCCCAACUUUGGCGACGAGGCCGCCAUCCUCGCCGACGACGCCCUGUCCGACGCCGAGCGCCGCGACAUGCUGCAGAAGGCCCUCAACAUGGCCGCCAGCAACGGCGACGUCGAGCGCGUCGAGCGCCUCCUCGGCGGCGAGGCCAAGGCUAUGCUUGACGUUAAUGCGGCUGACGAGGACGGCACGACGCCGCUCAUCUAUGCCAGCUGUUUUGGCCACGAUGGCGUCGUGCAGGCGCUCAUCGACGGCGGCGCCGACGUCGACCGCCAGGACCGCAACCAGUGGAGCGCCCUCAUGUGGGCCAUGACGAACCGCCACAAGGGCAUCGCCAAGAUGCUGCUCGACAACGGCGCGUCGCCCGAGCAGAAGACGUCGUCGGGCCGCACGGCCUUUGACUUUGUGCCGCCCGACAGCGACAUGUCCUUCUACCUCCACGACAGCGGCUACAACAUUGGCAACGCGGGGACCGACGACUUUUACAACCCGGGCUUCGAGCAGGACCGCUUCGAGGAGGAGAUGGCCGAGAACGAGAUGCGCAGGCGCAUGAUGAUGGACAGCGCGCGCGACCUCGAGGUCGACCUUGGCAAUGUCGGCAUCGACGACCAGCCAGAGGAACCCGACGAGUUCGAGGAAGAGCAGCCCGAGUUUGACUGGAGCCGCUGCCUGCACGACCAAAUGUUCGUCUUCCAGGAGCACGAGCUCGACCGCAUCCUCGACAUUGUCAUCACCAACAUGCGCCCGCAACGGUCGCCGACGCAGAAGCCGGUCCCCGCCAACAUGAUCUUCCUCAGCGCGCGGUACGCGCACUACCACGCGAGCGCCGACCUGCUGGCCAAGUUGCUCAUCUCGGCCAUGGACAAGAUCAACGACGUCGUCGAGGAGUACCAGUGGGACAUGACGAUCCUCGCCUUUUGGAUCUCCAACGCGACGCUGCUGCUGCACUACCUCAAAAAGGACGCCGGCCUGAUGGAGGCGACGGGCGAGUUCCAGGCGCAGCUCGCCGAGCUCAUCAACGAGAUUUUUAUCCUCAUCGUGCGCGACGCCGAGCGCCGCCUCGACAAGGUGCUCGACGCCGCCAUGCUCGACCACGAGACGAUUCCCGGGUUCGAGAACAUUACGUUUCAGAACGAGUGGAGGAUAUUCAAGCGCAAGACCCAGGUCAAGGAGGAGCCGAUCGAGAAGCGCUUCCGGCCGCCGUCGCCCAAGCAAAAGGCCAAGCCGGCGCCGCGCAACGUCACGUCGCUGCUUUCGUCGACGCUCUUCGUUCUCGACCUCUACGACAUACACUCGGUCAUCACAUCACAGAUUACGUCGCAGCUGCUGUACUGGAUCGGCGCCGAGCUGUUCAACCGCAUCAUGUCGAACCGCAAAUACCUCGCGCGCACAAAAGCCAUGCAGAUCCGCAUGAACGUCUCCCUGCUCGAGGACUGGGCGCGCACGAACAACAGGCAGCCCGAACACUACGAGGGCGGCGAGACGCGGUCCACGGGCGAGACGACCAUUGACGCCGCACGGCGGCACCUCGCGCCCGUCAUUCAGCUGCUGCAGUGGCUGCAGGUCUUCUCGUCCCUCGACGCCGACGAUCUCGAGGCGCUCGUCGGCACGCUGCAGCAGCUCAAGCGCAUGAGCCCGCAGCAGCUCAUCCACGCGGCGCAACACUACAGACCCGAGGUCGGCGAAAAGGGCCUGCCCAAGAGCGCGCUCAAGUACCUCAACGCCAUACAGCAGGAGCACGACCGGCGCAAGGAGGAGAACCGCCACAGCCGUGGGGCGUCACCGGCGCCUCCCAAGACGACGCCGAGCGCGCCAGCGACGCCGGUCAAGGGGCAGGCGGCGGCGGCGGCGGCGGCAGAAGCUGACACGCCGCAGCAACAACAAAAGUCCCCCCCACACGGACGACGGACCACAGGAAGAGGAGGAGGAUGUGCCGGAGAAUCUGCUGCUCGACCCGGCGCUGAUGCUGCCAUUUUCGUUGCCGAGCGUCACAGACAUGCUCGUUUCGUUUGGGGCCGGGUUUGGCGGGCUCAACCGGGAGAGGGAGAGGAAGUACAUCCCGACGGUGCCACCGGAGUUUCUGGCCAAGCUCGAAGCGAGCGGGGCACGAAAGGGUCCCAUGUUCAGUGA